GGGAGCUGGCCUCUCACAUUGUCGACGGCGAGGCUUUCGAUACCUUCUUGCAACAAGAAGGUUGUGAGGGCUCCGUGGCUGAUGGGGGCUUGACCGAGCAAACGCUGCAGCAAGUCCGAGAUGCCUCAGCUGGAAUGAGGAUGCUUUACGACCGCUUUCAAGUCGCGGACCUGGCGACGCCGGAUCUGAAGACUGUUGAGGAUGCG